AUGACCCCUUUAGCUUUUACCGAUCUAUGUGAGAUGUUAGUUAGAGAGGGUGAUCUUAGACCAACACUUCAAGCUACAGUUGAAGAGCAAGUUGCAAAAACACUUUACCUGUUAGCACAUAAUACGACGAAUCGCGAGUUGGCUUUUAUCUUUCGACGAUCUGGGGAGUCGGACUGUAUUGGUGCAAUUGAUGGAACACAUAUACGUGUUAAAGUUUCACAACGUGAAGCACCCAUAUACCGUGGAAGAAAAGAUUAUCCAACACAAAAUGUAUUAGCUGCAUGCACAUUUGAUUUAAAAUUCACAUAUGUGUUAGCUGGUUGUGAAGGGACGGCAUCUGAUUCAAGAAUCAUGAAAGAAGCGUUAAAUAGACAAGACCCGCUAAAACUUUCAGAAGGAAAAUACUACCUUGUUGAUGCUAGAUUGAUGUUGAGAAGUGGAUUUAUUACGCCUUAUCGUGGGGAGCGAUAUCACUUGAAAGAGUAUUCAAGAAAUCCACCUCGAAAUCCUCGUGAAUUACUUAAUCUGCGACACGCAUCUUUGCGUAAUGCUAUUGAACGAGCUUUUGGAUUUCUUAAAAAGAGAUUUCCUAUAAUUUUUAGUUCAACUGAACCGUCAUAUGCUGUUGAAACCCAAAAGCUUAUUAUUUCUGCAUGUUGUAUUUUGCACAACUACUUAAGAGGUGCAGAUCCAAAUGAUGAGUUACUUGCACAAGUUGAUGCGGAGCUUAUGGAUGAUAAUGAUGUGCAUGAAGAACCACCAAAUCCUAGGGAAAUUAUCAAUAUGCCGAAAAGGUUAAAGGCAUCCUCAAGCGAUACAAAUCUUUCAGAUAACACUUCUGUUUGUAUUUGGUCAAAUGCUAUAGAUGAUGCCUUAAUUGAUGCAUUCUAUCAUGAGCACACACUUGGAAACAGGGUUGGUGGAACUUUUACUACACACGCGAUUGACAAUAUAGUGAAAGAGAUGCAAUCAAAAUUUCCAGAUAAAGUUUUUACCAAGGAGAGAGUUCACAACCGAAUGAGAAAUAUUAAAACAAAAUUUAGCAAGUGUUAUGACACCUUUCAAAAUGGGAAGAGCGGGUUUGCAUGGGAUUCCAACACAAAUAUGUGGAAUGCUGAAUCUGAAGUAUGGGAUCAAUUAAUACAGGCUAAGCCUGAAGCUGCUAAAUGGAGAAACAAGCCGAUUAGAAAUUAUGAUAAGCUAAUUGAGCUAUAUGGAAGGGAUAGAGCUACUGGAAAGCAAGCUGAGACUGGAGCAGAUAUGGUAAAAAGAGGCGCUCGUAAUAAUUUGAGAAAAUCAAGUGAUAGUUCAUUGACUAUUGAUGAGGUAGAUGAACUAAUUUCCAUGAAUACUGCCUCUUUGGAAAAUAUCGAGGAACAUGGACAACAUGAGCAAUAUCAAUCAACUCAGGAAGCACGUAAAUUGAAUGCAUAUUUAGAGGUACCGACUUCUAGCAGGAAUAAAAAAUCUAAACAUGAUCAUCUUGAAGGCAUGGCUGAUAUGUUGAGAGGUGAGAUGAAUAAUUUGGCUAAUGCAAUUAAUCGCCUUUCAACUAUGCCACCUAUUCCUGAGAGUGAGAUAUGACAAAUGGUACAAGUGUUGGAUUUAGAGCCUAGUAUGCACAUGAAAGCUUAUAUAUUUCUUUGAAAACAUGCAGACUUGUGCCGCACACUGAUUGAGUGUCCAUUGGAAGACCGCAAAUUUCUUUUACUGACCUUGAUGUCGU